CCCCUAAUGAUUACAUAACUCACACAUAUCUUACGUUACGCUUGUAACUACCACCUUUCACUUAGCCUUUUAUAACAAGCUCAUGCAUGGUAUAGAUCUAAUGGGAUCACUUCACAAGUAGAGUCCAUAGAGAGAGGGAGAAGAGAAUUUUUUUUAGAAAGAAUGAGUAAGAACGACACAAGAAUCCUUACGCAAUUUGCAGUUCUUGCAAUGGUUUUAACCGCUGCAAUAAUGGUGCAAGAAGCUACAAGCCUAACCGUUUGUAAGAUCGACACAAACGAUAUGCAGAAAUGCCGUCCAGCCGUCACUGGAAACAACCCGCCUCCUCCGGUCAACGACUGUUGCGUAGUGGUCCGAGCCGCUAAUUUGGAAUGCUUCUGCAAAUACAAAUUCUAUCUUCCAUUUCUAGGAAUCGACCCAUCUAAAGUCGCGGCUCUUGUAGCCAAAUGUGGCGUUACAACAGUCCCUCCUUCUUGCCGAGGAUCUUAG